GCGCACACACAUGCGUUACCGGAUUUCAACCAAACUUCAUAUAAACCAUAUAUGGACCACUGAAAUCGCACGACGCGUUUAUGAUUAGUUCGGCGACGUACAUAUACGGACUUAUUUUUAUAUAUAUAGAUAUUAGAAAAUGGUCAACGAGUUUAUUUUAAUGAAUCGAACGCUGCAGAGAGCGGCACGUCCACGUUCACAGUCUAUCAAACUGGUGAUUUUAACUUUUUUACCGAAGUGAUGAACAACGAAUAAUUAAACAACUGGGUUGAAGUUUGAAUCGAUAAUCAGCCUUCCGUUUUAUUUUGUGCUUUCUUAAAUACUAAUAUUUUGCUUGCUUGCAAUAACUUAAAAAUAAAUGCUUGCGUAAAAAUUCUUAAGAAAUGUUUCUUGUUUAACUGUUGCAUUUUCGUUAGCGGAAAUGCACUUGAAUGAACAAUAAAUACAAAUUAUUAAAAUUCUUCGGAAUUAAUGGUACAUUUUGUUGAUUGUUGCAUUUUCGUUAGUGGAAUUAAUGGUACAUUUUAUUAACUGUUGCAUUUUCGUUGGCGAAAAUGCACUUGGACAAAGAAUUAUUUGGAAAACUCAAUAAAUUAAUAUUCUUUAUAACACCCCCACCGUUAGUUUGAGGCUCCGACGAAAUUAUAUUAUCUUUGCCGGAUUGUUUAUAGUAGUUUCAUUUUUUAAUUGUACAUUUGGAAUAUAUGUUUUUGUAUUCUUAAAGAGGUAUAUAAAAAUAAUUAAGAUACAUAUUGAUAUAAUAAUUGAGAUAUCUAUACCAAAACUAAGUAUUUUUGAGUUCUUAUCUGUAUAUAGUAUAUUUUUCAGUGUUUCUUCGUAUUCUAUUUGCUUCAGAUAUAAAGAUUCAAUUUUUAUGUCUGCUAGUGUUGUAUUACUAUUGUCUUUAAUUUUUGUAAUGAUAUUAGGUAGAAUAAACUUGUCUUGUAUUUUUAUUUUGACAUUUGUAAAAGUCUUGUUUAACGCGUUUAUUUCACAAUUUUCGAAUUUGAUUAAGUAAUUUCCUCAAAUGUUUAAUUUAGCUUUGUUGCAGUUAUGGGAUAUUGUGCUGUUAAAAUGUUUAAGAAUUAGUACUCCAGGAAUUAUUUCGCUUAUUUCUUGUGUAUUUAAUGUUUGCAUUUUGCAAUUAGCUUCUUCAAAGUUUAGUAUUUUGUUUAAACAAUCAUCGUUAAUUUUUAUAAGAUUUCUUUUUAGAUUAUUUUUAAUAUAUGUGCUAUAAAUAUUGCUUUCUGAAUCUAUGAGAACAUCAGAGUGGCUAAUCUUUAUGGACUUAUUAUUUUUGUCAGGAAUGGGUACGAAUGUCACCAUGGAUAGUGAAUCUUGCGAAUAUUGUGGUAUAGAGAGAAUUAUUAUAAUAUUACCUUCGUGAAGUGCUAUGGCUACUUUAAUAUUAGUAUAACUGUCGAAGUCUGUGAUUAAUUUGAGUUCGGUUUGGCUGAGAAUAUCUGUGGGGAUGAUUCCCAGUUUCCCGGAGAAAAUAAUCUGUCCUAUGUCGUCUACGUGAUGCCGUAGGAGUGAGAUGUCGUUGUUAAUCUGGUAUAUGUGCUCUAUAAAUGUUAUCUCGUCCUCUAUGGUUGAAAUUUUAUUCCCUAUAAUAUUCUUGACUUUGUUUAAGUAGUCCCCGAUAAUGUUUUGCUGAUAGUUUAUGUGGUUAGUUAUAUUCUGGAUUUGGGAGUUCAUGACAUCUUAUAUAUAAAAUUAAGUGGCAAAACUUCCUGUUCGCAUACUCCUCCUAGACGGCUUGCCCGAUUUCAAUGAAAUUUUCAGGGGUGAUUGGGGUCUGUUUGGAGGGUGCACAUAAGAAAUUUAAUGUGUGUAUCAUUGCACGUUUUGCAAAAAAAACAAAAAAAAAAAUGAUACAUCCCGCCUAUACAACUUCUAAUGAAAUAAUGUUUUGCCGCAAGAUUGGUAGUCCUGUCAAAUGCCUUUUACUAAUAAACAGAAACAACUGGCGGAUGUUUACAACUAAUAAAAAACAUUGACAUCGCAUGUUGAUCGUAUUUGCCUUUUUGUUCUUUCUAUUGACAUAUUUUAAAAUUGUGUGUAUUUUUCUCUGAUUUCAACGUGAUUAACAUUCUGCGUACAACACAAAUCAAGUGAGUAUUGUUGUUGUUUCGUAUGUGAUGCCAUGCGGUUCGAUUGUCGCUUGAAAAUGCGCGGUGUGUGUAAAAAAAAGUGUUUCAACAUUGUGUGUUUUUUCCAGAUUUAAUUCCAUCGAUUUGUUACAUUUAUUCGAACCGAUUUUGUGUUUUUCUGCUGACCGUGCAACACACACAAAGCACGUGAGUAUUGUUAUUGUUUCGUUAGUGCGGUUUGCAAAUACACUGUUGGUGGGUCUUAUUGCAUAUGCGUGUGUAGUUUAAGAUGUAGUUUUAGGUUAAUUUUUACAUUUUUAUUUAUGUACUUCAAAUAUGCAUACUCUAGAAAAUGCCUCGACUACGCCAACGUAAUACGGUUGGCAGGCAUACGAGUGAUUCACGUCGAAUGUCAAUAUUAAGAAGAAAUCAAAACGAAGAGCAGCGCGCUGAAGUGAAUGUCCGAGGUAGAGCGGUGUACAGAGAGCGGCGUACACAGAUUAGAACUGAAUUCGCCGACAAUCAACGGCCAAAUUACCGUCAAGGCCGAGUUCCGGUCCGCCUUCGCGAUCAAAUGGAACAUGUUGGCUUUCACUACGAUCCUGACUGCGACUACAGCCUGCAUGGUGCCAUUGGAGCAAUGGAUAUUAUUUGUACGCAUUGCAAUGCAGCGAAAUUUCGAGGAGAAACAGCUGGCAUGUGCUGCUCCAGUGGCAAAGUGAAACUGCCUGCAUUUGAACCGCCACCAGGACCAUUACAUUCCUUGCUCACUGGAGAAUCGCCGACGUCUAAGCAUUUCUUGCAGAACAUACAAGCGUACAAUUCAUGCUUUCAAAUGACUUCUUUUGGUGCCAAAAAGAUCAUUAGAGAUCCAUUUAUGCCGACGUUCAAGAUUCAGGGACAAAUAUACCAUCGAGCAGGCUCGCUCAUACCAUUUGCCGAUGCCGACUAUCAAUUUUUGCAAAUAUAUUUCAUCGUUAAUGAAACUGACCAACUAAAUCAACUAUGUGAAAUUGCGACCGGCACAAGGCGAGAAAUCGUACUAAAUUUGCAAAGAUUUCUCCAUGAGCACAAUGAAUUGAUUCGAUUGUUCAAAAUCGCAUUGGACCGCAUGCCGUCUGAUAACCAUCGAAUCGUCAUCAGAGCAGACAAAAUGCCGAUGGGGCAGCAUGCCAGACGAUUCAACGCACCAACAAUCGAUGAGGUGGCAAUCGUCAUUGUUGGCGAACAGUUUGAAUCGCGAGAUAUUGUACUGCACCGUAGAAACGAACAACUUCAGCGUGUUUCCGAGCUACACCGUUGUUAUGAUGCAUUACAAUAUCCGAUAUUAUUCUGGAGAGGUGAUGACGGCUAUCACAUCAAUAUGCGAUUGAUAAAUCCAACUACUGGCCAAGAAACACCGAAAAAACUGAGUGCGAUGAACUUCUAUUCGUACAGAAUAAUGAUUCGUCCGCAAGAAGAUAACUACAUCCUGAAAUGUCGCAAGCUUUUCCAUCAGUAUUUGGUUGACAUGUAUGCGAAAAUCGAGACCGAACGUGUCAACUUUAUUCGAUUCAACCAAGCGAAAUUGCGUUCUGAAGAGUACAUCCAUUUGAGAGACGCCGUAAUGAAUGAUGCAAAUGUGAAUAGCAUUGGACGUCUGACAAUAUUGCCAGCCACAUACAUCGGCAGUCCGCGCCAUAUGCACGAGUAUGAGCAAGAUGCGAUGUCGUAUGUGCGCCAUUACGGCAGACCGGAUCUGUUCAUAACGUUCACGUGCAAUCCCAAGUGGAAUGACAUCAAAAGCCAUUUGUUCCCCGGUCAAUCAACAACUGAUCGUCACGACUUGACAGCACGUGUAUUCAGGGAAAAGCAAAAAGCAAUGAUGGAUUUAAUUGUGAAACUUCGUGUUUUUGGAGAAGUUCGAUGCUGGAUGUACUCGAUGGAAUGGCAGAAAAGAGGAUUACCGCAUGCACACAUCUUGAUUUGGUUAGUUCGCAAAAUACGACCAGAUCAGAUUGACAAAGUCAUCUCAGCGGAAAUUCCAGAUGAAGCAAUCGACCCACAAUUGUUCGACGUUGUAACAAAAAACAUGAUCCACGGCCCUUGCGGCGCUAUUAAUCCAACAUCACCAUGCAUGAUUGACAAUAAGUGUUCAAAGCGCUAUCCUAGAGCUUUAGUUGAUGAUACAAUCACUGGAAAUGACGGAUAUCCAUUAUAUCGGCGUCGAUCCGCUGAAGAUGGUGGUAAUUCAACGGUCAUAAAAGUUCGGGAUCAAGACGUUGAUGUUGAUAAUCGUUGGGUCGUGCCGUAUUCACCAUUGUUGUCAAAAAUUUUCGAAGCGCACAUAAAUGUAGAAUAUUGCAACUCUGUCAAAUCGAUUAAAUACAUCUGCAAAUACGUAAAUAAGGGCAGUGAUAUGGCAGUUUUUGGAGUAGCUGAUUAUCAGACAAUCGAUGAAAUUCAGCAAUACCAAAUGGGCCGUUAUAUAAGCAGCAACGAAGCGGUAUGGCGCAUUUUAUCGUUUCCAAUACACGACCGGCAUCCCGUUGUUCUUCAUUUGGCAGUUCAUCUCGAAAAUGGUCAACGCGUUUAUUUCACUGCAGACAAUGUACAACAGAGCGCAGCACGACCACCGCGGACAACACUAACUACCUUUUUCGAGUUGUGUGAAACCGAUGAAUUUGCAAGAACAUUGCUAUAUUCCGAAAUACCACAAUAUUUCACUUGGAAUCCAUCAUCGAAAACAUUUCAACGACGAAAGUAAGGGGAG